AUGGACCAAAAUCAUGAAGGUUCUGCCCUAGGUUCAAAUGUUUCAUCAGAGUCAUCUGGAGGUUCCUCACUCUAUGCAUCAGUAUGGUUAAAGAUACAGGAGGGCUUUACAAAGUUUGUGAUUUCGAUGGAAUCAUCCGAAGUUAAGCAAUAUGGAUGGAAAAGGAAAACUCUGUCUAUAAUAUACUACUUGUACAUAUUUUGGGUCUCUAUAUUUCUUCCAACACUAGGUUCUUAUAAUUGGGGAGAAUAUGGAGAAUGGUUAUUCACAGUUAUUAAUUAUCCAAUAACACUUUCAUUCCACCUUUUACCUUUUGGUGCUAUUGCAGCACUUGGAGCAGCAAGCUUUUUGUUAAUAGCUUGUGGAGUGGUGAGUUUCUUCCUUGCCUUACAUGCAAUCUUUCGAUCUAGCAAACAAUUAGAUCGUUACAAGAAGGCUGCCACCACACUAGGAAAUAUUAUUCAAGUUCUUAGUAUGAUAAUGACUUUUAUAUUUACAUCCUUUAUUGAUUGUGAUACAAGUGCUUUACACACAAUUAGUAAUUAUGAUGAACAGAUUUAUGUUCUCUCGAGAUUUAAUACCACACCAUGUGUCAUGUCAGGUAAUAUUGUCCUCAUUGUCUUGAUGAUUAUAGCCUUUAUACCAAUGCUUAUUUUGAACUUUUUAUCAAUUAUGAUUUCACAAGAAUCCGAACAAACUAAGGGAGGCUACUUUAUUGGUGAUAAUAAUAUACCAAUGGGUUUUUUGUCUGUUGCUAAUCCACUUCAAUUAAUGCUAAUGUAUGUGGUACCUCAGCAAUAUGCCUACAUUAGAUCUGUGAUACAUAUCACUAUCACACUUGUAUUCAUGGUCUUGAUUUUUUACUUUUUACCAUUCUAUAGAAAGACUGAAAAUUCUUUUGUUUUUGGUGUUGCAGGGGCUAGAUUGGGAGCAGCCAUUGGUGCAUUAAUAACUUCAAUAGUCAAUUCAGAUGAUAAUUCCAUAUUGGGUAUUGGUCUCGGCGCAGGUCUUACCUUGGGUUUGAUCAUGACUGGUUUCUUGGUGGGAAUGGCAGGAUUGGAAAUAUACAUGACGGUAAUUUAUAGAAAGGUCAGAGGUAGAUUCAUGGUGAGUAUUCGUCGUGCUGAGGCAUUAUCCUCUAUUCUCAGAAGAAGCAAUGAUGGAAACGCUGAUGCUGAAAAGCUUCCACUUAAAAUGCUGGAAAAGGAGGCUCAGCUUGUCUAUCAAGAAUUUGAAGAAGAUAAUAGAUUGAAACAGUUGAAUCUCUUCUUUAAAUUUUCUCUUAAAUCAAAGAAUAGAACAGAGGGUGAUGACAUUACAGAUCCAGAAAUUGCUCUCAGUCUUAUUAAGGGUGCAUCUUUACAAAAGAGCUUUAAUGAUUCUCGACUCUUGCUUACAUGCAGUUUAAUUGUUUCCUACUAUUGGAAGAAUGAAGUCAAUGCUCAAGUCUUUGCCUCAUCACUUUUAAAGAAGGCCCUGAAAGCAAAGCCAAACUUUUUAUACAAAUUCUUAAUUUCUGAAAGAGAAAAGGAAUUUGAAAUGAUUGACAACUCUAAUCCAUACGAAUUGAAAUUCUUCUUGCAAAGAAUGGAGAAGAAUCAGUCCGAAUUAGCAGCAUUGCACAGAGCUUUUUGGAAGGAAAUGACCAAUGAUAUCAUCAAUUUUGACAAGAUUGAGCAAACCAACACUAGAGCUUCCGAAUUAAUGUCAGAGUGUGAAUCAACAUUCCAAAAUUUGAUAGCCAAGCAUAGAAAUAACAAGACUGUCCUUCGUUACUAUGCAUCUUAUGUGGAAAAAUUCAAAUUCAAUAAGGAAUUUGCUCAAGAGCUCUUCCAAGAAGCUAUGGCUAUUGAAGAUGAAGAAGCCAAAAUGAAGUUCAGACCAAAUUUGAAAAAGGGAGCUAGUAAGAAGAAUCGUAUAGUUCCAAACUUUUCAUUUGAUGACAAUCCACCUCCAUCUUCGACCAAAUUCUCUGAAGCAGGAGGUAAAACCUUCUCAUUUGGUAUCAAGAAGGGUAAUAAUAUUGCUUCAACAGCUGAUUUUAAUGAAUUUGAUGAUCCAGAUGAACCAUUCGAAAGAGCCUCGGAAUUUGAUCUUGGAUCUCAAAGAAUGGAUGGCGUUGAAAACAAUCCUCAACUGAAGAGAGAAAGUAUUCUCAGAUCAUCGCUUGCUACUCCUCAGCAACAUAAUGUUCAGCUACUUUCCUUUUUAAUUUUCGUUAUUGCUUCUUUCUUACUAUUGGCAUCAGGUAUAAUAUGGGACUCUGUUAUUUCAAGCUUGGUAUUAAGUGAUAUUAAGGCAGUGCAAAGUGCAUGCAAGCCAAGAAUGGUCCCUCUUCUUGCAUUGAGAGAUAUUCGUUUACAACAAACCUACUUGAAUCUCUACAAGAACAGCCCAUCUGAAAAUCUAAAAUUAUUACAUACUCUCGAUAUGAGCAGCACUGAAGAGUUCAUUGCCAAGCUGAAAGGAAAGUUAUCAAAAGCAAAGCAAUUCAUUGAUGACCUUAGGGUAAUGGGUCAAAAAGGUUUAUUCACACCAGAGAUGUACUCUGAUUAUAUUUCUGUUAGCAGGCAAAUUGUUGUUCCAAACGUUGAAAAUCCAAACGAUUUGGGUAUCUUUAAUAAUACUAACCCAAGUAAUGUCUCGAUUUCCCAAAUGGUCUACUCAAUGAUGAAACACAUAGAAUAUUUUGAAGGCCUCUCACCAAAUGAGUACAAUAGCACGCUCAGUUCAUAUCCAUUCAUGUUCUUGUGGUUGAACCAAGAUGCAUUCCAAGGGGCCUUUGAUGUUUUUUGUCAAAGUUUUAUUUCCAGAACUCAACAAAAAACGGAAGUACUUGACCAAAGCUUUUUCAUUUACUUUUUAGCAUCCAAUUCACUUUAUGGUGUCCUUACUAUUGUCUAUGUGGUUUAUGUAACAAUUAGCUUUUCUUCCCUCAAGACAUUUGUUAAACUCUUGGAAAAGAAUGUACCUAAAGAUGUUAUUGGUAAGAUUUACCAUAACCUAGGAAAGCAAUCUGAAGUGGAUGAUGCCUCUAUUCAAUUACCAAAGAGAAUUCUAAAACCGUACAUGAGUGCUGCUCUCAUUGGUUUGUGUAUUGUGGGUGUGACAAUUCUGUGCUCAGGAAUGUUCUACAUGGAAUCUUCAUUCAAUACCAUUUCUACCCACCGUACCAUGUUAAAUAUUAAGGAAGCAACAACAGCUCUCUCAUCCAUUCAAAGAACAACAUUCAACGUUGGUGAAUUAUUUAAUUACAUUUCCUUACCAAGUGGACUUGCUAUUAAUGAUCCUCAGUUAUCAAAGGAAGGAUCUGAUGUUAUUUCUUACAAGACUGAAAUGAAAACACUCACAACAAAUCUUGUUUCAAGCUGGAAUAAUCUGGCCUAUGGUAAUGUUGAAGAUAACAAGUUACCAAGUGUUGGUAUCUCUACAAAGAUUGAUUCAAUGGUGCAAGACACAAACUGCACAUCAAACUCUACUAUUUAUUCAUGCAAGGGUUUGGAACAUUUGAUUGAAAUCUAUGCUCAACUUUCAUCUGAAAAUACUGCUGACAUUUUUGCAAUGAAAUCAGCCACUUUCAAACUCUUCUCCAAUCAAGUGCAAACCUAUGUGUUGGCAGAUGCUCUGACUGAUCGUUUGUUAGUAUUCUUGGAUACAUUAAUUUCAGUAUUCUCUGUAACUUCAGUGUCAUAUGUUAUUGCCUUUUCACUAGUUGGGGCGGUGCUGUUGUUAGUAUUCUCCUUUGCUCUUUACAAUAUAUUUGAUUCACAUUGGAAUAAUGUUUUCCAUGUGAGAAUUAUGUUCAAUUACAUUCCUUUGGAUUUGAUGGACUCUGAAGAAACAAUGAGAAACUUUAUCAUGUACCAUACAUUACCUUCAAGAAUUACAAUGUUCAAGAAUAGAGAAACAAAGGAAAAUGCCAAGAAUGAUGAUUCCAAAGUGAAGAAUAUUCUUAAUGCUGCUGUUGAUGGUGCCGUGUUGUGUAGCCAUCGUGGUGAUAUUGAAAUUUUUAAUCCAGCAGCCCAGAGAAUGUUUGGCUGUAAGCAAACUGAUUUUGUUGGUUUGCCAUUAUUCAAUUUGUUUGACUCCUCUAACAGAGAUACACUUGGUAAAGUUAUUGAUGAUUUGAUUAAGGCAUCAAAGGAUAAUACCAAUGCUGAUGCUCAAGGAGAAACUAUUGAAGUGGAAUGUAUCAGAAAGAAUAAUACCAAAUUCCCUGCCAAGAUUAACUUGUUCUCAACACUCUUUGAUAACAAGCCUGUUGUCACUUGCUUUAUUAAGGAUGUCACUUCAGAGAAGAAACAAAAUGCCCUGUUGGCAGAAGAAAAGAAAAAGUCGGAAAAUCUCCUUCGUUCAAUCCUUCCUGAAGCUGUUGCCAAUAGACUCAAAUCAGGUGAAACAUUCAUUGCUGAAAAGUUCAAUGAUAUUACAUGUUUCUUCUCUGAUAUGGUUGGAUUUACAUCUAUUAGUAGUUGUCUUACACCAACUGAAAUUGUCAUGAUGUUGAACUCUGUGGUCAAUGGUUUUGACUCACUCACAGACAAGUAUCAAUUGGAAAAGAUCAAGACCAUUGGUGAUGCUUACUUUUGUGUUGGUGGUAUUGGUAAUACUCAAUCAGAUCACCCUGAAAGAACUCUCAGAUUUGCAAUGGAUAUUUUCGCAGUAUUGAGAAAUUAUAACUUGGAGAAUCGUCAAGCACUUGGACAUCAAAUCAAUGUUCGUGUUGGUAUUAAUACAGGAGGUGUAGUUGCUGGUGUUAUUGGUACCAAGAAGUUUGCUUAUGAUUUGUGGGGUGAUACCAUUAAUAUGGCCUCAAGAAUGGAAAGUACAAGUUUAGGCGGUAGAAUCCACUGUUCUCGAUCAACCUACGAAAGAGUUUAUGAUUUAGGUUUUGAAUUUGAAGAAAGAAUGGUUGAAGUGAAAGGAAAAGGCUUAUGUACAACCUACAUGAUGAAAGCUCAUCACCAUGCUUGUGCAGUUGUAAGUGAAGACGAGGUGGCAGGUCAUGUAGUUAGCCAAGAUGACCCUCAACAAAAUAGUAAUAAUAAUAGUAAUCAUAACAUUCAUAAUACUGAAAAGCAAAGUUAUCCAGACUCUAAUUUAUCUAAGGAUAGUGACCAAUUAGAAUAUCAAUAUAUAUCAAAGAAUAAUAAUUCCAGUAAUAAUGUUGGAGGGGGCACUAAUUAA